UGUCCCAGUUAACGUUCACUAAAGGCAUUGACAAUCCAGAGGAGGCUCCGCACGGCGCGAACGAUCUUUUUCUCGGCUUACCCGAUUACUUUGGACAAUUCCAAAUAGCCAACUCAUUCUCCGUCCUAUUCAUGGGUCAUCUGAUUCGACACAGCCAUUCAAACAAACACUCACAUCCCUCGAGAAGGAGGAAAAAUGAGGACACGCGAGCACAUUUGGAAAUUAUUAAGAUGAAGGCACACGCGCCCAAUCCCUUGCAUCCGAAGGGCUGUGACAUGACACCUCUCCACACCAGUGAUCCAUUACAGAAGAAUAAAUUAAUUAGGUCAGUGAAUAGAAUUUCAAAAAAAUUUUUGCGACCAAAUUCCUGGAUUGUGCCAAACAAUUGCGCCGAACUUGAGAUUCGUAUUGUGCAACACACAAAAGACUUACAUCUUUCUGACGCAACGUUGUGUAGAUCCGAGUUCCUGAAAUUACUAGAUUACGCAUUUUCGAAGUGA